GGAGGUGCAUAUUUGGCUGACUGCUAUGCCAGUCAACAAGCCUGAGAAAAAAAUUAAUACAUAACGAUUCAGUGUGAGGGUCAGAAACAAAGUAAGUGGGGGAAAGCGAGACAGAGAAAGAGCACAUAAACUGCAUUUGGCUGUCAUCAGCCAUUAUUUACGAUCCGGGAAGAAGUUUUCACCAAAAUGGGAGGGACUUGUUGACCUCUGAGAGUCACAGCAGGGGAACAAUUAAGAGGAAAAAAAAAAUGCCCGUGCCUGGGAAGAUUUUUCCACUCUGUGACUUAUGAACUUCACACACAAGAGCAAGUGACUCCAAAGCUUCAGCGUUGUUGCGUUGACUCAGCGCAGGAGAGCAUCAUGAUUUCUACAGCUCUCCACUGGCUCAUUCUGGUGUCAUUCAUCAUCCUUACCGUUGGUGGGAACGUGCUGGUAUGUUUGGCCGUGGGCCUCAGCCGCCGACUGUGGCGCAUCGCUAACUGCUUUGUGGUGUCACUGGCGGUGACAGAUCUCCUGAUGGGCCUGCUGGUGCUGCCCUUUUCUGCAACUCUGGAGUUACGCAGUGGGAAGUGGCCCUUCGGAGGCACCAUGUGUAACAUCUACGUCUCAUUGGAUGUCAUGCUGUGUGCCGCCUCCAUCCUGAGCCUGUUGGCCAUCAGCGUGGACCGAUACCUUGCCAUCUCGGCGCCCCUCAGUUACUCCUUGAGAAUCACCCCUCCGAGGGUGACGCUGGCCAUCGUCGGCAUCUGGGCCUUGUCGCUGGCCGUGUCUUUUGUGCCCAUUCACCUAGGCUGGAACACAGUCGACUACAGGGUGCAGCACUCGGACUGGCACAUGGGGCAAGACCAGGAGGAGGGACGCUAUUGCCAGUUUGAAUGGAAUAACAACUACAUCAUUUUUUAUGUCUUGUGCUCGUUCUACCUUCCUCUGAUGAUUAUGUGCGCCAUGUACCUAUGCAUAUUCAGAGUGGCACGCCAACAGGUGCAACGAAUCCGUGCGGCCACUCCGUCGUUCGCCCGCAUGGCAUCAACUGCGGCCACAGCCAAAGAGCACAAAGCUACCGUAACAUUGGCCGCUGUGCUGGGGGCCUUCAUCAUCUGCUGGUUCCCUUACUUCACCUUCUUCACCCGAACGGGACUCAAAGAACAGAUGAACCCCCCGACGACACUUCACUCUGUCCUCCUGUGGCUUGGCUACUUUAACUCAGUCCUGAAUCCCAUCCUGUAUCCCGCUUUGAACAGAGACUUUAGAAAAUCGUAUGCGGAGCUGCUCUUCUGUAGGGGAUCGUCACGCAGAAAACUGCGAGGGCGCAAAAGAUCGACCCUCUCGAAUGGAAAAAGGCAUUCCCGAUUGUCUGACGACACAGUUCAAGAAACUCAGAUGAAGAACUUGAAUAGCAAGAAAGCGGUACCCAACGAAUCUCUGCUUCGCUGCCCACAGCUCCAGAUUUGCUAACCAGUUUGUUUUUGGAUUUGGAUUCCAUUUGGUUUUGUU